AUGACUCGUCCGCCGCCUUUGCUGUCGUUAGAGACACCUCCACUUCGCCGUGACCGCACAUCCGUGUCGCCGUCAUGUAUAGCAGACGAGGGUUUGCCGUCCAAGUACAUCACCACCGAACAUCUGAGUGGCCGUCUGUUCCGAACAUAUCGCCUUCGACAACCAUCGAGCGCGCUCUUCUACAUCACAAGACAUAGACCACAGUCCAGCAUUAGAUUGCUUCGCAUUGAGGACAGCCGCUUACAGAAGGAAGCCGAUGCCUUGUGUGCACUCAGCGGCGAGAGUGAGCUCGCCAUCCCACGUCUGGUCGAAUACCACCAAAAGACGUCACAUCCUCGAGGUCCGCACCUGAUUAGCGGACCUUUCAGAGGUGCGAUCCUGGGCGAAAUUGCCUCAAGAUUAUCGAAUGAUGAACUGGCAUCAAUAGACCGGAGCUUGGGACAGUACGUCCGACGUCUAGCUCGCGUGCAUCGCUCAAAGACCUUCGGACUGGUCCGAUCAGGAGCCGUUGCAUUGUCGGGCUCGUCCUCAUGGGCGCGAUAUUUUGCAAAGCUUGUCAACUCGGUGUUGGAGGACGGCGAGGAUGCGCUUGUCGCGCUUCCGUAUGAUCUCAUCCGGACGCUGAUUCAGAGACACCAUGCCUCGCUUGACAUGGUCACACAGCCGAAAUUGACCCUGCUGGAGCUUGCGUCAGAUGAGAACAUCGUUGUCGACAGUACACACAUGCGCAUCACAGCCCUGCUCGACUUUUCGACUGCCAUCUGGGGUGACCCGCUGCUGUCUGAUUGCUUUCAGCGACCAUCAAAACACUUCACGGAAGGCUAUGGUGUCGCACCUAGUGGUGAUGCUCACGAACAUGUUCGAAGAUGCCUUUAUACUACCUUUCACUCGCUGCUGGCCAUAGUCCGACAUCGUUGUCGACCAUCAGAAGAUGGCGACGAGCUAGAGGCUCGGCGGACGUUGACCGCUGCCAUCCAUCAGCUCGCCUCUUCGUCACCAUCAUGA